AAUAAAAAUAUAGUAUUUUUUAAACGGCCGAGAAGGGACACAAACAAAAUGACCACUGCCUUUAUUUCCUCUGUUUUUUUCGUUCACGCAUUUUUCUCGCUUUUGUUUCUUCUAUAGCUGACGUUGCGUUUAUCUUCUAAUUCUUGGUUCUUGAAAGAAUGUCAGUGAAGCUUUAUAGAUUGACUUCCAUUAAUCUUUUGCUUCUUCAAGACCAAGCUUGAAUAUCUAUCAAGAGAUGGCUUCUUUACAAGAAUUGCUUACGGACGAAGGGUUUGAGAGAGGGAAGUUAUUGAAGAAUCCUAAAGAAAUCAGCCUUAGAAACCGAAUUGCUGCCAGGCCAGAUGAGUCCAUAGCACUGCCUAUAUAUAUUUGCCAUGAUCGAAAAAGCUUGGAAAAAUCAAAGCACAAGGCUGAGAAGACUGUUUUCCCAAAUGGGUCCUCAGUUUUUUCAUCUAGAAGGGUGUCGGAUUCGGAUAGACCAAAAUCUAAGUCAUUGAUAAAGGAUGGUCCUCCUAGGGGAGAUAAGCCUGCAAUCGAUGAAGUUGCCAUUAAAGCUGUGAUAUCUAUACUUGGUGGCUACACUGGUAGGUAUAUUAAAGAUGGGAGGUUUCGUGAAAUGAUCAAAGAAAAGUGCAACUCUUGCUUAGUGAGGAGAAAAAAUGGUUCGGAUAAUGGGAUUUUUGUGAAUAUGGAACUUGCUAUUGAGAGCAUCGACAAGUUAGUAGAAGAUAGAGGGAACAAAAAGGAACUUAGAAUGAAAUCAUUGACGCAUUCGGUUCGGCUUUUGAGCAUCGUUGCUUCCUUGAAUUCUAAGAAAUCAAGGAAUGGUUCAACUUGCGGAGUUCCCAAUUCUCAUAUCUCAGCAUGUGCUCAGCUAUACUUAUCUAUAGUUUACAAGCUCGAGAAGAAUCAUAGGAUUUCCGCUAGACAUUUGCUUCAAGUUUUUUGUGAUUCGGCUUUUCUAGCAAGAACCCACUUGCUUCCAGAUCUAUGGGAGCAUUUUUUCCUUCCCCAUCUUCUUCACCUUAAGGUUUGGUACCACAAAGAACUCGAACUUCUCUCUGACUUGGACUAUGGUGAGAAAGAGAAGAGAAUGAAAGCUUUAAACAAGCUCUACAAUGACCAAAUGGAUAUGGGAACAGCUAAGUUCGCUACGUACUAUAUAAAGUGGCUUAACAUUGGGGCUAAAGCCCCAGCAGUUCCUACAGUGCCUUUGCCAUCAAGUCCCAGUUAUGGAUCAUCAAGAAGGAGAUUAUCUGAUUCUUAUACUUCGCAUUCUUCCAUCGACAAAAACUUGUAUCGAACUGUGUUUAGCGCCUCAAUUGAGCAGCAACCAUCCAUGGAACUUGAUCAUCGAAUCAGAGCAUCAAUGGAUAUAAGUCGCCUCGAGGCAGAGGAAAAUGAAUGUACAGAUGAAGAAGAUUACAACGGUUUCAAUUAUGUUCAUAACAAGACGAAGACACGUAGAAGGUCAUCAAGCCAGAUCUAUAGAGCUCCGAAAACUGAAUUACGGCCUGAGACACAGAAAUCUGACCACUUUCGGCUGUUUACCUGCCAGAGUGCGACAACAGAAUGCUUGGUAAAUAGCAAAAAUGUUGUCAGAAAUAAUUCAAUGAGAAAGGCGGAAAGCAUUCAUCUUCCUUCGAGUGAUCCAAGUAAAGCCAUUGCUACCAUUUCCUCCUCAGAUAGUCUAAGUGAUUGCGAAAUUUCAAUCCGGGCAAUAAUCAAAGCAUGGUUAGAAUCACAUGGUGAUCCUGCCAUAGAAGCUGCAUUAGCAAAAGCAGCUGUCAUAGAGGGAAUCCUCGAGGUUUUGUUUGCUUCCAGUGAUGAUGAAAUUCUAGAAUUAGCAAUAUCAAUUUUAGCAGAAUUUGUUGCUAGGAGUGAGGUGAAAAGGCUGAUAAUACUUAACUCAGAUCCACAGCUUGAAAUCUUCUUAAGACUGUUAAGAAAUAGUAGUCUAUUUUUGAAAGCUGCUGUGCUGCUUUACUUGUUAAAGCCAAAGGCAAAACAGAUGAUAUCAACGGAGUGGGUUCCCCUAGUCCUUAGAGUUUUAGAGUUUGGAGAGCAGCUGCAGACUCUAUUUACAGUAAGGUGUAGUCCUCAAGUGGCUGCAUUUUAUUUCCUAGACCAACUUUUAACAGGUUUUAAUGAAGAUAGAAACUUAGAGAAUGCAAGUCAACUGGUUUCUCUUGGGGGAUUGAGCCUUUUGAUAAGAAAUGUUGAGAUAGGUGGUGUUCUCGAGAGGACUAAUGCUGCCUUGAUCAUAUCCUGCUGCAUUCGAGCUGAUGGAAGUUGUCGAAACUACUUAUCUGACAAAUUGAACAAGGCAUCUCUAAUUGAACUUAUUGUUGUGAACCGUACGGAUUCUAAUGGAUCUGUUAUUGCCUUACUAAGUGAGCUACUCUGCCUAAACAGAAGAACACAGGUAACAAAAUUCUUAAAUGAUCUUCUGAAUGGAUGGGGAGGCUUGAAUACCAUGCAUAUCUUAUUAACAUGCCUGCAGAAAGCUCUACCCGAAGAACGCCCCCUGGUUGCAGCCAUCUUAUUGCAGCUUGACCUUCUGGGAGAUCCUUUGAGGUGCAGUGUAUACAGAGAAGAAGCAGUUGAGGUAAUUAUAGAAGCUUUAGAUUGUGAAAAAUGUAAUGAUAAAAUUCAAGAACAAUCCGCCAGAGCUCUCAUGAUGCUGGGAGGCCGUUUUUCUUACAUGGGGGAGGCAACAACAGAAAGUUGGCUUUUGGAGCAAGCAGGCUUUCAUGAAAACUUAGGGUACUCAUUUCAUGGAAAGGAAAUAGUUGAUAAUAUCUUGCAUGAAGAGGAGGAAGCAAUAGAAAAUUGGCAAAGAAAAGCAGCAACUGCUUUGCUAAAUACUGGCACUAAGAGAUUCUUGGCCGCUCUUUCAAAUUCUAUGGCCAAGGGCAUUCCUAGUUUAGCACGAGCUAGCCUCUUAACAGUUGCCUGGACGAGCAGCUUUCUCCAUUCAGUUACAGAUCAAAAUUUCCAGUCCAUGGCAUGCUCAAUACUUGUGCCACAGUUACUAGAAUCCUCAAAUUACAAUCGAGCACUUGAGGAAAGGGUGCUUGCUUCUUUCUCGUUGCAGCGACUAAUAAAAAGUUCAGAAUAUGCCUCCAUCCUUUCGUCGCUGGAUGAAACUUGUAUAAAUCCUCUUUGCAAUCAUUAGCCAAAAGUAUAGCUUAUGAACUUAGUCAACCAUCACAAGUACUGCGAGGCAUCGGUAGCCUGAGAUAGAAGCCUAGAAGGUUUUGCCAGUUAAAGAAAUGCAAGAAAUCAUCUGGAGUCUUGAUUCUAAGGAGUAAGUAUCAGAGGAAGAUUAGUUGUAGUUUUUCAAAUUCCUUUCCAUCUUUUGAGAGUGUAUGUAAAUGUUGCAACAUUAUUAUAGCACAUUGGAUCUUACUUGACAUAUAGUGAUUUACAGACAUGUGAAUAUCUAAUCAACAUAGAUGAUUUCCCCAAAUAAAGACUUAAUGAUAUGCAAAAUCCGUUUUCUUCCGGGGAAGAAAA